CCUCCGUCACUCCUUGCGGACGAGGCCUCAACCGCGCCCGCGCAUGCUGGCCUCACGAACGCGACAAACGCUUAUUACGAUAUUUAUACGCAAUAACAACGUUAAUAAACGUGAUAUAAAAGUGAAACUGAAGUGAAGUGCCUCAACAGGAGUCAGUGAUGUGUUGUUAGAGUCGCAUGACCGAGAUGUCAACGAUGUGCAGUGUCAAAAAGAAAGUGUUGCAUGGAAGACUGAGUAACUGGAACUAAACGAAGUGUGAACAUGGAGGGGGUUAAGGUGACCCACCAGGGUUUGCGGGCGCAUUCCGCGGAGGGGUCCGCCGGCCGCAUCACACAAGCCGGGUUAGCGGCGCGGAGCCCCGAGGGAACCGCAGCCAAGGGCAUGGCCAUCAAAGGCCACGAAGACCUCUGGGUCGAAAUCCAAGCAAACACCUUCAGGAAUUGGGUUAACGAGACUCUCAAACCUAUGGACAUAAAGGUGGUAGAUUUAGUAGAAGAUCUUCGCGAUGGCACGGUGCUGUGUGCGCUGGUGGAAGCUCUGCAAGGUCGGAGAUUGAAGGGAUGGAGUCCCAACCCUGGGAAUCAACAUCACAAAUUAGAUAAUGUGACCACCGCCUUACAAGCUAUUGAGGAUGACGGUGUCAAAUUAGUUAAUAUUGGGAAUACGGACAUUGUGAACGGGAAUCUAAAGUUGAUUCUCGGUUUGAUUUGGUCACUCAUCGUCCGGUAUCAAAUAGGCAGGAGCAAGUUCCCUCCGAGGAAGCUGAUGCUAUCGUGGUUGCAAGCCGCCCUGCCGGACUGCCGAGUCGGCAACCUCACCACCGACUGGAACAGUGGCGUACUCCUCUCAGCUCUACUGGACCAUUGCAAGCCUGGCAUCUUCCCGCAUUGGCGCGAACUUAAUCGCCACGAAGCCGUAGAGAACUGUCGUCGAGCCAUGAAGCUAGCCCACCGAGAGUUGGAUGUCCCUAUGGUUCUAGAGCCAGAAUACCUGGCCUCACCCUGGCUGGAUGAGCUCUCCGGGAUGACAUACCUCUCCUACUUCAUGAAGCCAGGCUCCCAAGGGUUCAGAGCUACCUUGGAUUGGGUCAACUCGAGACUAGAGAGAGGAAUUACUAACUUCACAACGGAUUGGAACGACGGUCGUGUGGCGAAUGAGCUGGUGCGGUCCAUGGGCGGUCCCGCGCCGCCACCGAGCCGGCUGCGUCGCGACCCCGCGCGCUGGGAAGACAACUGCCAGAUGGCCAUUGAUGCUGCUAAGAAAAUUGGAGUGCAGCCAGUACUAUCAGCGAAGGAUAUGAGCCAGAGCGAUGUUGAGCACCUGGGCGUGAUGGCCUGGGCGUCGCAGUUCCGCAACGUGCCGCCACGACCACCUGUGCACGACAUGCUGAGGGUCGCACUCGACUCCACGUCUGGACGAGUCGGAGAACCGACCUACAUAAAAGUGGAGAGUAUAUCAAACGAGCUCUCAGUCUCCGACGUGAAGGUGUCGAUCGUGAACCCGCUAGAGCAAGAGUCGAGGCUCAAACUGGACUCCCGUGGCGCGGGCGAGUUCGUGCCAGAACACGCCGGCAUGCACGAGAUUGUACUCACUGUCGACGACAUUAGAGUGGACGGCCGGUACUUCUUCCGGGUGUUGCCGCGGCUGGUGACCGUACCGCCUCCUGGCAUGGCGCCCUGUGCCACCGGCAGCAUCGUCGAGGUCCUAGUCAGUGCUACUGGAGCGCCUAGAAGAGAGGACAUAGACGUGACGGCGCACUCGCCGAGCGGCCGCGCCGUGCCGCUGCGCCCGCGCCACCCGCCGCCGUCCGCGCCCGGCACCACGGCUUCGAGUGCCACCUUCGAACCCGACGAGCCCGGGACAUGGACCAUCGCUAUCACUUAUAAGGGAGAGCAUAUUCAGGGAGGUCCUUUCACCUGCGAAGUGUUCGACCCGUCAGGAGUGCGUCUAAGCCCUGGCGCGUUGGAAGGCGCCGAACCCUUGAAGCCUCAUUCCUUCGAGCUGGACACCAGUGGCUGCGGCGUCAAGGGAGACCUACAAUUGGACAUUGUCCAUGACAAACGCAGCGUCAUGUGUGCGCUUGAGAAACUAAGUUCGACUAAAUACCGCGCGACGUUCAUGCCUAAAGCAGCUGGGAAACAUAGGUUGUACAUUUACUUCAACGGCUACGAUGUGCAAGGUUCGCCGCACAUGUUCCGUGUGGGAUCUCGCACCAAGAAGCCCAGAGACAGUGCCAGUCCCCUGCCCUACACAGCCAGAGUUUCCAGUCCAGUAACGCGAUUAAGAUCGGAAAGCCCUUUAAAUCACUACAACUUAUACGAGACGAACACAACGAAACACAGUACGAGCUCUUUCGACCGCCGCGAGGAGCGACGCGACUCCAUCGACUACUACAAGUCUUCCUUCAGCUCUGACGUCAAAGACAAGAGCUAUGACGUCACGGACUCCACUUACUCUCGAGUGAAUAAGAAAGACUAUAGAUACGGAUCAGAGAGUCCGAGGAAUUUGACUGCCAGUCCUAUAACGACGAAGCACUUGGGCAAUGGUUCGCGGCUUGAUGUAAACAGGUCCAGCAGUCCAUAUAGAGCCACCAGCCCCUAUAGAGCGACGAGUCCAGUCGGCCGCACAUCCAGCCCACUAACGAGGAAAGACAGCCCGCUUAAUAGGGCAGCCAGUCCAAUUAACAGGGUAAGCAGCCCGACUGAGCGAUACAGUCCAGUGACGACCACAAAGAAAGUGGUGGAGAAACGAUCCAACUACAAGAUGUACAGCUCGUACGGCUCGCAAGACAACCUCGACCAGGGCAGCCCCUUCUCGUCCCUGGAAGCAGACCACGUGAAGAGACUCGGCAGUCCCGGGGCGGGGGACCCCGGUGGGAGGUACUCCGGCAGACGAGACUCCUGGGACGACAGGGGCAGACACGUACUGGGCGGAAACAGUGUGGACCGCCCCAGCCCAGACCGCUACGGACAGAGCACGCUGGACCGCGAGACCAAGAGGAACACACAGCUGAACAAAUACAGCGACCUGUCCAGGGAAGCCUUCAACAGGAACCUGGAUCGGCUCGCCGACGACAAGGAUUCUGAAACCUACUCUAGUCGGCAAGAGUUCAGCAAGCGCGAGGUCCGCGAGAGCUCGUACGUGGUUCGCGACUCCUCCUACAGCAGCGUGGAAGAGAAGCAACAGCAACAACAGCAGUCUUUUUUAUCCAAUAGGCCCCCCCGUGACCCGACCGGGGGGGCCCUCACUGAGACCGACGCGGCGCACGCGCGGUUCAGACCAAUUCAAAGGGAUAACAAUAGAGGUGCCAAAGCAAUAAUCGUAAAACCAACUUACAAAGGACUACUUGGACAACACGUCGAAUUUAUCGUGGACUGCAGCUCAGCCGGUCCUGGUCAUCUGGAGAUAGAGGUGUCUGGAGGCAACGGUGCCCUAGUGGCCAGCUCAGUGCGACCCCUAGGCGGACACCGGUACAUAGCUGCCUUCACUCCACGCGUGCUCCGACCGCAUGCCGUAAGGAUCACCUUCAACGAAGAACAUGUACCUGGAUCUCCGUGGACGGUCGAGGUGAUGGCGGGCCCCGCGGGCGGAGGCGGCGGGGAGCCUACGCGGCUCAUCCCGGCCAGGGUGCCAGCUGUCUUCGAGAUAUCUACCGCGCCAGGCACUGCCACCUUUAGCAAGAAUGAGGUGGGCGUAACAGUGACGGCCCCGUCUCGCAGGCCAGUGACGUCACGAGUUCUGGACGUGGCGGAACGUCCCGGUGUAUACCGCAUAGAGUUUACGCCCGAGGAAGUUGGCACGCAUCUUAUUGACGUGUCUAUCGCCGAAGACAAACUGGCUGCAGGGCCGCUGGUAGCCAAGGUGUAUGACGCCAGCCUUAUCAAGGUCACUGAUGUCGGUAACGCCGUCGUCGGACAACAGUGCCAGUUUAGAGUGGACGCCAGUGCAGCUGGUGAAGGUCAAUUAGAAAUUUCAAUCAACGAAGGAGAAGUGCCCAAUCAUGUACAGGUCGUCGGCGGCGGUCGCUGUCUGGUGUUCUGGAGGCCUGAGACACCAACACCACACCGCGUGGACAUAAAGUUCAACGGAGAGCCUGUGCCUUCAUCACCAUUCAUCUUCCACGUAGCUCCUGCACAAAGAGUCACCAUCGACACUACGCAAAUUGAACUGAUACCUGUAGGCGAAGUAGCGUCAUGUUCCGUGCGCGUGGAAGGCUCAGGCGGCGGCGAGCUGACAGUGACAGUGCGGGGUCCUCGCGGGGACGUUCCAGUACGACUCACUGGCGAUGCAGUGUCUGGGCUUGUCGCCAGCUUCACGCCGCGCAACGUCGGUCCUCACACCCUGACUGCUCAUUAUAACAGCCAGCCCGUACCGGGCACACCAUUUGUUUGUAAAGCCUAUGAUGGCAAGCUAGUCAGUGUGAGUGGGGGCACGUUAGCCCGUGUGGGAGUGCCUGUGCAGUUAGCAGUAGACGCCGCGCAGGCCGGAGAGGGCAACUUGGAGAUCACAGUUGCAGCCCGAGGACUUAACAUACCUACUCAAGUUCAUCCACAGGGAAAUGCAAGGUUCACAGUAUCAUUCACACCGACAGAGGCUUGUGACCAUGUUGUCAAUGUAUCUUUUAAUAAGAUGCGCGUGCCUGGUUGCCCGCUAGUGGUCCAAGUAUCGGAAGGGGGCGGCGGCGGCGCACGCGUCACCUUACCCGGGCCCGUGCCGCUCCACCAACCCGCCGCAUUGACGCUACACCACCCCACCGCCACGCUUGACCAGAUUGAAGUCAAUGUUGAGGGUCCGAAUGGGGCGUCGGUGCCUGCGGCGGUGUCGGCGGCGGGCGCGGGAGUGUUCCGUGCAGAGUUCGUGCCGCGAGCCGUGGGCGAACAUCGCCUUAACGUGCUCGUUGACUCCGUGCCUAUACCCGCCAGCCCGUUCCAUUUGAAGGUAUACGAUGUCACCGCCAUACGUGUAAAGGACGUCGCUCAUGGGACUGUUGGCAAACCUGUCACUUUUCUUGUGGAGACGAUGGCAGCAGGGCCGGGCAACUUAGAAGUGACGGUGAACGGAGGCCGCGUGCCGACCGCUGCGGCGGCGCAAGGCGCGCACACCUACGCUAUCAGCUUCACACCACGAGACCCGAGACCUCACACCGUUGAGCUUAGAUUCAACGGAGACCACGUGCCUGGCAGUCCAUUCGUAUGCCACGUGUCUGCGCCGGCGCGUGUGAUCGGCGCGGGCGCAGGUGAGACGCCGGACAAGGUGUCUGUGGGCGACGCGUACACCUUCAGCGUGGACUCGCCUGCGUCGCCGCACGUUGAGGUGCUGGGCCCGGCGCGACGCCCCGUGCCUGUACAGGUAUCAGCUGAAGAAACAAUCGGCGAGAAUGAAGCCAGCAAACGGUACACUAUUUCGUUUGUACCAGUCGACGUAGGAGACCAUAGCAUAGAGGUUCGCGCAGGCGCAAUGGGCGGGCACGUAGAAGGCAGUCCGUUCCUAGUGAAAGCGUACAGUGCUGCGCGCGUCGCUGUCACGGACAUCUCGCCCGGCGUCGUCGGCCGCCCCGUCUCCUUUACCAUCAACGCUUCACAUGCCGGUGCCGGCAAUUUGGAGAUUAUCGUGGCAGUGAAUGGGAGAAACGUGCCAAAUUACGUGCAGAGCGAAGGAAACGCAAGAUUUAAGGUGAACUUCAAGCCCACUGAAGCAGCGGCGCACACGCUAUCAGUUCGCUUCAACGGCCACGCAGUACCAGGAUCCCCCUUCACAUGCGCAGUGACAGCGCCACCCGCGGCUGCAGACGCGCGCGCCACCGGUCCCGGCCUUGUAUCCGCGCCUAGAGGUGUUCCCGCUGAGAUACAGCUCACUGGUUUCCAUACCAGCGAGCCAACGAUCUACGUCGCGGGUCCGGGCGGCAGCAGCGUCCGUUCCCGCGUGGUACCCGGCGGCGAUGGCCGCUACACUGCCACCUACACACCCGAGGCGGUCGGCCGACACACCGUGCAAGUCACGUGUGCCGGCCGACAUGUGCCCGGUUCGCCCUUCACCUGCAACGUCUAUGAUGUGCGCAGAGUCAGGGUCACUGGACUCGGGCCUGGGGAGCUAGAAGGCACCCUCGAGGGUCUGAGUCUGGAUGACCUGGGCGAUGAAGAACGCGGCGUGGAAGUAGGCAAGCCUGUCACGUUCAGUGUGGACGCCGCCGGCGCUGGAGAGGGCACCCUCGAACUGGUCGUCUCUACGCCCUCUACUACUGUUAAGGCUGAGGUGGUAGCAGUGGCACGGGGGUUGUACGACGUAACGUUCGUGCCGGUGUCGCGCGAGGCUCACCGCGUGUCCGUCACGUUCAACGAGCAGCCUGUGCCCGGCAGCCCCUUCGUGUGUCGAGUCAGCGAGCCGCAUACUUACGUGCAGAUUGGCAGCAUAGCAGCGGUAGAAGUAGACGAAGGCCUGACAGAAGUGGAAGUGAUAUCACCAACGGGCACGCGAAUAUCAGACGCUCAUUUGGAAGACACGGGUCUUCUAACAUUUCCUGCUAUGCGUGUCGGCCGCUACGUAGUGCGGUCACCUCGAGGAACCAUUGCUGAGGUGGAGGCACUUGACGCUUCCGCCGUCAAGGUGUUGUCUGUUGGUGAAGCUGUGGCGCAUCGACCAGCCAUAUUGACCGUAAGCACAAGCGGCGCCGGCAACGGGCGUCUCUCAGGCCGCGUGACGUGCGGCGGGCAGACAGUGCCGCAUUCAGUGCGCAGGCGCGGCGGCGGCCGACAAGAAGUAGUAUGGCACCCGGCCCGCGCUGCGCCGCACCGCAUCGCGCUGCUGUGGAGCGGCGCACCCGUGCAGCGCGAACCACUAGUCUUGGAUGUCUUGCCAGCUCAUCAUGGACAAGAGGUAUCAGCAUCAGGGCUAGGUCUCUACCAGGCGCAAGUGGGGCGAGUAGCGUCCUUCAGCAUCGACACUCUGGGACGACCAGCGAGAGAGUUCGACGUGGUGGUCUCCGGGCCAGGCUCCAGAGCGCUGCCCGUACGCUGCUAUCAGACCAAGUCUGGGCUACUGCAGGCCGAGUAUACCAUCACUGAAGUCGGACAGAGCACAAUAGAGGUACUACACCUAUCGAAGCCGGUAUCUGGGAGUCCUUUCACGUGCGAGUCGUUCGACGCCAACAAAGUGAUCAUUGCCGGCCUUCCCACUGGGAACAUCAUCGCACAAACACCCGUCAAUUUUACAGUGGACACAAAGGAAGCGGGCGUGGGCGAACUAGAAGUAGUGUGCGAAGCGAUAGGGGAGCGUCGCGUGCGCAUGGCGGUGGACAUCCGCGAGGAUGGACACAUGCACCGCGUGCGCCUGCGGCCCGCCUCGCCCGACCACUACCGCAUCUACAUCACUUAUGGAGGAGCCCCAGUAGCGGGUAGCCCGAUAUCCCUGGGCGUGCUGAGUGCGCGCAGUAGCGGCGCGGCGCGCUGCGCGGGCACAGGGCUCGCGCAUGCGCACGUGGGCAAGGAGGCCGCCUUCACUAUACACUGCGUGGAUGACACCCCUCCCACUGUACAGGUGGAAAGACUAACAGACGGCAAGGAAGACAACACAGACACAGGGCUGCUAGAAUGCCGCGUAGUAGCGGGCGCGCCCAGAGAGUGGCUGUGUGCCUACAUCCCCCUCGCAGUGGGACUGUACGAGGUGCGGAUAUUCACCGCCGCCGGCCCGCUGCCUGGGAGCCCCUUCUCUGUUAAAGUAAUAGACACAUCAGCAAUCGUGCCAGUGGGGGGUUGGGGGGCAGACAGUUCCGGCCGCGUGCGGGCGCCGUCUAAACUUGUGCUUGAUACGAGUAACGCAGGACCUGGAACGCUGGAGUGUCUGCUUGCUGGGAGACAUCAACGUGUGGAGACAGUGUCAGGGCGUGCAGUAGUAACACUAGCAGCUGUUGAAGGCGUGAGUGGCGAACAAGAACUAGAGUUGACGUAUAACGGCGCUCUAGUAGGCACGGCUCCAAGGCGAGCGCUCGUCGCGUCUGGCAACACCGCGGACAGAGUCACGCUGGCCGGCCGGGGCCUGGCCCAUGCCGCGCCGCAUACACCCGCUGUCUUCACCAUCGACGGUAGCGCAGCGGGCCCGGGCGCUCCAGAGGCGUCCCUAACGUCCCCGGACGGAGACAACAUCCCGGUGGCGCUAGCAGCCGCCGGGCCGGGGCUGUGGCGCGCCACCUACACGCCACGUCGAGCUGGCGACCACCAGCUGAGAGUGCUGUGGGCCACCAGGCUUGUCAAAGGGUGCCCGCUGACGGUUAACGUGACGGCAGGCAGCGAGAGCGGGGACGCGUCCCGCGUGGUGUGCUCGGGCGCGGGGCUGGCGGGCGGCGUGGUGGGCCGCGAGAUCCGCUCCUGGAUAGACACGCGCCGCGCCGGCCCCGGCGAGCUCACUGCGCACUGCACUGGCCCCAACAAGGUGGCAUACUGCGAGCUAUACGAGCACGGGGACGGGACGUUCACCCUAAACGUGAAGCCAGCGGAGGCUGGUCGUCACGUCCUGAGCGUGCAGUUUGCCGGAGAACACGUACCCGGGUCGCCCUUCGUGCUCAAAGUUGCCGGCGCUCCUGACCCCUCUAAGGUCCGUGUGUACGGGCCGGGCGUGGAGCCGGGCGUGCUGGCGACGUUCCAGUCGCGGUUCCUGUGCGACACGCGCGGCGCCGGCGCCGGCCAGCUCACGGUGCGCGUGCGCGGGCCCAAGGGCGCCUUCCGCGUGGAGAUGCAGCGCGAGAGCCAAAAGGACCGCACUAUAUUGUGCAAGUUCUCGCCCACCGAGCCCGGCGACUACAGAGUGGAGGUCCGAUGGGCGGGCCGGCACGUGCCUGGGUCUCCCUUCCCCGUGAUGAUCUUCGACACGCAGGAGGAGUUGCGGCGGUACCUCCAAGCACAGGCCGCCUGACCAUCCCUCGCCAGCGUCCGCGGGCACACGUCGGAUACCACGGAGAAGUCCUGUCUCUUGCGAACCAUACUCGCCUACUUCUACCCUUGUCCGCGGCUCACGUGAUAUGAACGCUUAUAACUCGAUUCACGCAUUAUUUAGACUAAUUUACAAGUGUAGGGCGGCCAUAUUUUUUUAAUUAAUAAAUUGGCAAGAAUUUUACAUGUGUUUUAAAUUUAGAAUCGAGUUCAGUUUGGACUGAAUUCGCCCGCCGCCACGUGAAGUCGAUGAAUCUUAUUGUAUAGACACAUACAUUCCAACAUAUUUAACCGUAAAGUAUUAAGUAUACGAAAACCUAACGUAGGUUAGGUGUAAGGAAUACCUCCCUUAUCCUUGGUACUAACGUGACAUGGUAUAUAUAAGAUGUUUCACGAGAAAUCAGGUUAUAGUAACGUCAAAUUAAGCGAUUGUUCUAAAUUACAUCUACCCUCAUUUAUAAAAUUAGAAAUAGGAUUAAAAUGAUUUCUUUAAAUAAAACUACGUUAAGAACAACUUUGAAACAACUAUAUUGAUAUUGAAAAAGACAUGACAUGAUAUGAAAGACAGUCAAUUAGCAAAAGUGUUUCUAUUCCGUCCAAUAGAUUUUAUAAAUAAGUAGAUAAUUUAGACAGUCGUUCGUUAAAAAUACUUUCAAAAUCUCUUAUACAGUUAUCUAAUCUUUUGUUUCUCCAAAAGUACAUUCUAAUGCAAAAUUGUAAUCCAAAUGGAAGCAUAAUAAAUUGUUUAUUUGUUAAUAUUUAUUAAUGACGCAUAGAUUUAUGAUCAUUUAACUUUGUAACUAACGAAAAUAUUUUAUUGUUAUUACGCGACCGAGUUCUGUGGUUUGCGAGAGAACUCGGCCCCGUAACCGUAUUGGAUUAAGUUACUAAUUGUUAAUAAAUUGAACUUUUAUUA